AUGCAAACUUUAGAUUCAGAAACUUUUCUACCUCAAACAUACAAAAUAAAAUUAAAAGAAGAAUCUGUUGUUGAAAGUUUAUGUGAAGAUCCUAAACUUCAAAUUAUACAACCAUUCACAGCUGCCUAUGACUUGCUACCAAAAUUUGAAUAUUUAGUCAAAACUCAUCAUUCAAGAAAACGUCUUCAAAAAUUUGAGCAUCAAUUAGCUGGUAUUUAU